AUGGAAUCUCAAUUCAAUCGUCGAAAUGGAGCACGACGCCGCAACUUUGAGAUCAACGACGCGAUUUUCGCCAAGGAUUAUCGAGGCCAGAAACCUACUUGGACUCCCGGUUUCAUCACACGCCGUGUUGGAAACACAACCUACACUAUUCACUGUGGAAACGAGGUAUGGACUCGGCACGUAAACCAGUUGCGAUCCAGGAUCGGUACAACUGCGACUAACACUUUCUUGGAUGUGAUUCGACCUACCGCUACUCGACUUCGCGAGCAAGGACGAUGA